AUGAAGCGAUCGGGUGCCAGAGGCGACGCCAGAGGCGACGGCGCCUCCUUCUCCGAGAAGCGGCGUCGGUUGAACGUCGAACAGCGACAAGGAUGCAAAGGCGUCUUCCUGACAACCAACACGGGUGACAGGCAUGCAAUUCGAGAAUUCAUGAAUUUAAUGAAUCAGUUCCUUCCUGAAGACGACUCGCGGAAACCGGAAAUGAGUACAGAACGCGGCGCCGCUGACGAGGUGACGGACGCGCUGGCGUCUGAACUCGCGACACUGCGCGAAGGCCAGAGGCGCUUCAUUCCAAUGAAAGAUCUCCUCAAAGGAGCCAUUUUCAUCCGGUUCACACGAGAAGAAGACAUCCCUUCUGAGAUUCUCCACGGACUCAUGGAGCGCAUGGUUGCUCAGCCGGGCGUCUUCUCUUGCAGGCACAUCGCUCGCAUCAUCCCCGUGGACGCGACAGCUCCGCCGACUGUGGCUGGGCUGCUCUCGAUCGUCAGGCCUUUGAUUGCAAAGCAGAUGCUCCACUCGCGCGCCGCGCGGCGUUCAGCGGCAGAUGGCGACGGGAGAGAAGAAGACCGGGGAGACGCUCCAGCUGGUUCAGAGCGGACGCCGAAGGCGGCAGAAGGAGCCGCGAGUGCUGGCGAGAGAAACGCGGUCUCUACGGAAGCUGGAGAAUCGCAGGGAGACGCGAAAGGAGACGAGACCGCAGACCCGGUAAAGGACGUUGGAGGACGCCCAUCAGAGAAGCGUGGAAAGGAAACAGAGCAAGGCGACAAUCACGAGGGAGAGGUCGUCUCCACCUGGUCCUGCCAGUACACCAGCCGGGGCUUCGAUACAGUGAAGAAACAAGUUGUUCUCGACCUUCUCGCAGAAGAAGUCGGAUCCGCGUACAAGGUCAACAUUCGAGAGUCCGAGUUCUCCAUUGUCGUCGAAUGCAAUCCGAUUUUCUUCGGCGCGUCCAUUGUUCGCGAUUAUGGCAAGUUUUUCCGUUACAACAUGCAUCGCUGCUGUCACCCUGAAGAAGGCAAAGAAAGCUCGAGUGGACAGACACCCGGCGAAGGACCGGAGUCUUCAGCUCCACCGACGGCAGAAACGGAUGCUUCUGAUGCGCAUGCAGCGGCGCCAGAGACAGGGGGACAGUGUGGGGUCGAGACCGGGAACAAGUAG